AUGAAGUUUAACGCAGUCUUCACUGUUUCCUCUCUGGUAUUGGCCCUGGUUGCGCCUGUGAUCGGCAAGCCAGUAAACAUUGGCUACUACCCGUCCUGGAAGAGAGCGCAGAUGGCGAACGUGGACUUUUCAAAGUACACGCACAUCAAUCUGUCUUUCGGCAUCCCAACAGCGGAGGGUACCUUUAGCUACGAGGGUGACUGGUUCCUGGCUCAGACAGUGGCAGACAUCCACAGCAAGGGUGCCAAGGUUCUUCUUUCGGUCGGCGGAUGGACGGGAUCCAACUACUUUUCCAACAUUGUCAAGAGCGCUUCCACGCGCAGCACAAUGGUUACUAGCAUGGUUAACUAUGUCAAGACGAACAAUCUCGACGGAAUCGACAUUGACUGGGAGUACCCGGGCCGCCUGGGCAACACGUGUAACAUUUUUGACACUGCCAACGAUACGCCAAACUUUUUGGUGUUUCUCCAGGAGCUUCGCGCGGCCUUUGACAGCACCUUUGGGCCGCGGCAGAAGCUAAUCACUCUUGCGGUUCGCGUCGAGCCGUUUGAUGUUACUGGCGGGCCUUCGAAGGACAUUGCUGCCUUUGCCAAGGUCGUCGAUUAUGCCAAUCUUAUGCAGUACGAUAUCAACGGCGGUUGGAAUGCAGAGACCGGGCCCAAUGCGCCGUUCAACUUUGAACAGGGCAAAGGUGCGCCCUUGUCGUUCGUCACUGCAAUCGAUUCGUGGACCGGGGCUGGCUGGCCGGCCGUCCAGCUGACAGCAGGCAUUGGAUACUAUGGGCGGUCGACGACUGCAAAGGUUGAUAUGACCAAGGACCCUAACAACCAGUACCAGCCGCAAGAGAGUGUGGUCCCACUUGGCGACUCUGAAGAUGCCGCGUGGUAUGAUGCCUGCGCUGGAACGACCUCCAACAGCGGCACGUGGAUGUGGAAGCAUUUGCGCGACCAGGGCGUGCUAAGCAGCCCCAGCACGGCGGCAGCGCCGUGGGUGCGCCAGUGGGACCCGGUCUCGCAGACGCCGUGGCUGUUCAACCCAACCACCAAGCAGUUCAUCUCGUAUGACGAUCCGCAGAGCAUCAAGAUAAAGGUCGACUAUGCUGCCGCCAAGGGCCUCGGCGGAACCAUGGUCUGGUCGAUGAACAUGGACUAUAACGACGAGCUGCUCAGCGUGGUCAACUCCUUUGGCUCGCAGGCGAGGAUGGUUGCUACAAGCUCGACGGUCUCCACCUAG